UGCGAAUUUUCCUACCUACUAAUCUUCUACUGUAGGUGGGAAUUUUCCUAACUCCUAGUCUUCUACUGACAGACACAAUCACACAUUAUAUCACCGACGAAUUCUACAUGGACAGACGCAAUUACACAUUAUAUCACCGACGAAUUCUAUAUAGAUAAAUUUUCUUCCUCCAUUUUUCAUUGUCGUCUCCAAGGUACUGUGCUUCAGAAAGUUUCAUUCAUUCAUGGCUUCAUGGCUUCCUGAAAUUAGUUUCUAGUCCUGCAUUCAUGGCUUCCUCCUCAUCAUCUCCUAAACAAUAUGAUGCAUUCAUCAGCCACCGAGGGCCUGACGUCAAAGCAACCCUUGCUAAACAGCUUUAUAAACUUCUUCAGGAAAGAGGGUGCCGGGCAUUUCUAGACCGUGAAGAAAUUGAAGGCGGGGAAUCCAUUACGUCUGCCAUUGAAAAUGCCAUACGCUCAUCUGUUGUGCAAAUAGCCAUUUUUUCUAAAGGAUAUGCACAUUCCUCAUGGUGUUUAGAGGAGCUUGUUCUUAUGUUAGACCAACAACCUGACGCACUCUUUAUUCCUGUCUUCUACGAUGUCCAGCCGUGGGAGCUACGCCACAUGGACAACAAGGACUCACAAUAUGCUGCGGAAUUUUGCAAUCAUCAAAGUAAAGCCAGGUAUCUUGAUAAGUUGGAGAAAUGGAAAGAGGCGCUCAAAUCUGCUUCAAAUAUAUCUGGUUAUGAACAAAGGGAGCAUAAAUACAAUUUGUGUGAAGAGAUUGUGUCCCGUGUGCUGGAAGAAAUGAGGAGAAGGAAACCGUUACAUGUUGCAAAAUAUCCAGUCGGACUUGCUCAGCAAGUCCGAGUUUUUGAAGAUUCUUUAUCGAAGACAGUGAAAGACACGGUUACAAUAGCAGGGAUCUUUGGUCUAGGGGGGUCUGGCAAGACCACACUGGCCACAGAAUUGUUUAACAAGAAGCGUUCAGGCUACAAAGGAGCAUGCUUUCUCUUUGACGUGAGAGUUAGUGAUUUGCGUUCCUUGCAAAGUCAGCUCUUUAAAGAUCUCUUUCAUGAAGAUCGGAAGUUUGACAGUAUUGCUGAAGGAAUAGGACACCUGGAGCAUCGUCUGGGAAGGGCAAGGGAUUUGCGCUUUCUUAUUGUCCUCGAUGAUAUCGAUCAUCGGGACCAGUUAGAUGACCUCUUACCUGCAGCUAUGCUAAGCUCUGGUAACCUAGUAAUUAUUACGACCCGCAACCAAAGCUUAUUAGCGGGUGCAGAUAUCUGUCAUAGGAUGAAGAAAAUGAAUUUUGAUCAUUCUAGAACCCUCUUCUGUAGCCACGCCAGACCGGAUCCACCUACUUCAUAUGAGAAAUUGGUUGAAAGGUUUGUGGAAUUCUGCGGAGGUUUACCCCUCGCACUCAAAGUUUUAGGCAGCCAUGUUUAUGGUAAAGGUGAGCUUUUUUGGGAGUUGGAAUUGGAAAAAGUUAGGAAAAUCCAACCUAAUGAUAUAAUGCAAAGACUUAGAACCAGCUUUGAUAGUCUGGACAGAGAGGAGAAACAGAUAUUUAUAGAUAUAGCCUGUUUUUUUAAUAAGAUAGAAAUAUAUGAUUUGAAAAGUAAAGCUAUAAUAAUCUGGAAAGCAUCCGGUUGGAGCAACGCUGAGCAUGCACUUCAAAUCCUACAAGAUAGGUGCCUACUUGAAUCGGUUGAGUACGGACGUUUUGAGAUGCACGAUCACCUCCGGGAUUUAGGAAGACAAAUAUCAGCAGACGAGUUGAGCCCUCGUCGCCUGUGGCAACCAGAACUCCUUGGACCUAUGGAAGCAAAAGGAUUUCAACAAAUCCUUGCAGAAACAAAUGGCGGCAGGUGCUUCCAUUCAUUCCGGGAUUCGUCCCUUGGAAUGAGUAUUACUUUUUUUAUAGCUGAGACUGAUCUCCUGUGGCUUGAAAUGAAUGAGGAUGGUGAACCAUUUAUGAACAUUCCAUCCUGGAUUCCUCUACGGAAAUUGCACUGGUUAUAUAUUAGGUCUGUGCGAGAAUUGUGGAGCACAUUUCAGCAACAGUUGCAGACCUAUAACCAGGCCACUUUCCAAUUGACAAGGUUAUCCAUUCGGAACUGUUAUUAUUUGCAAAAGCUUCCAGAUUUAAUAGAAAUGUUCACUCACUUGGAAGAAUUGAAUAUAAGUAAUUCAAUAUAUAGCACAGAUAUAACAUCCUUGGUCCAAUCACUUGGACGACUUAGUAAGCUUAGAUCAUUGAGCUUGGCAUGUACGAACCUUGAGUUCAGUGAGAAGCUGGACCUGAGCAAAGGCAAUGUGGAUUCUUCUACAAGCAGCCGCAUGGAUAGCCUUGAAACCAUACAUCCAAGUUGGUAAUCAGUGGAGAGAUGUGUCCCAGACUUCGAACGCUUACAGUUUCCCAGCUGGGAAAUCUAAAAGAAAUGGAAUUAAAGCAUCUAGAGAGACUGAAUACACUGAGAGUGGAGUACUGUUAUUAUUUAGAAACAAUAUCUACUUUAUCCGCUGUAUCAGGGCUUCAGUUUCUUAAAGUGAGUUAUUGUUUGAGAUUGGAAACAAUAUCAGGUUUAUCUACGCUAACAGAGCUUCAAGUGUUAGAAGUAGAGGGCUGUUCAGCCUUGAAAUCCUUCUUGCCGACCCUUGCACAUCUACAUAGUCUAGAGAAAAUCGAGCUCACAGGAUGUCCUCAACUGCAGGGCGUAGAAAUGGACCUAAUGCAGCUAGAGAGACUGAAUACUCUUCGACUGGAGACAAUCGAGCUCACAGGAUGUCCUAGGGGUGUAAGAGUCUGCUAAUUGAAAUGCCUGACGAUGGAUAUUUUUCAUGGGUACGAACUUGCAUAUGUGGACUGAGGGUAAUACUCCUACUUGUCCGCGCAAUCACUGACUUUGAGUGGAAAGAAAGUUUAUAUACUGUGGAUAAUGACAUUUUUCUUUUGCGUUAAGUGGGAAAAUAAAUGCUCUGCUUUUAUUAAGUCAUAUUUUAUAAUUUAUGUUUUAUCUUUAAUGUUUUUAUUAAUUAUUUAUAAUCUCCUCUUUUAAAACUGGAUACAAUGGAUACAGCAUCGUCCAAAUUGAAUGCAAAUUUCUUUUCUAAGGUGAUCGGCGCCCAAGCAGUAACUGAGAUAGAGAGAGGACAAUCACUAUAUAUGCUUUGCUUGUAACAGCAAUGUAUGGUAAUUAUAGUAUAACAUUUGAACCUGAAGACAAUUUUUUCAUAUCCGGUGGAGGUGGACUAGAUGAUGUACUCACCCAGCAUCAUAGUGAAGGUAGACUAGAUUAUGUCACAAUAAAGAAGGGGUUUAAGGCCACAGUGAAAGUUGGGGAAGAAGGGAAAGCCUUAACUGUCUUUGAUCGAUUCUACAGACCAAGAACAAACUUGGCAGCAUAUCCUGCGGUAAAGCGAAAACGAAAGCAAAAGCAUUGAAAAGUGUGAUCAAUUUGUUUUGACUAUUUACUGUCAAAAGCUCGUUAUCCUUGUUUUAUUGAAGUAUUUGAUUUCUAAUA